ACAUAACAUUAACAGUAGUGUCAAUUCAACAUUUUUAGUAGUGUCUUUUAUGCAUUUCAAAUUAUUAUCUGUGUUAUUCCACUAAUAUAUAAUUAUUAAUAAUUCUUAAAAAUGGUAUUGACACUUCCUAAAAUUUAUUUAUUUAUUGUUUAUAUCAUAUUGCUCAUUAAAGCAGAAAGGAAUCUUAGGAAAAAAACGAAUAUAUUCAUAAGUCUUUUAAGAAAUCCAGGAUGGAAAAAUUUACAUGACGUACAAAAAGUUAUCUAUAGACAAGAUGAGUAUUUAUUAGAAAAAACUUUUGAAUUAUCUGAUUUAAAUAUAACCAAUUGCAAUAGUAGAGUAAGAAUUGCAUUGGUAAUUCUUUCAUGUUCUUAUGCUAAAGAUUUACGUAUGAUUUUUUUUGUUUUCCAACAAUAUUGUGAUUAUUGUGAAAACUUAACUGAUAAAGAAGAUAAUGAACCAAUAAAGUAUCAUUGCAUAAUAAAUCUUGUGAAAUUAAUAAAACGUAUAAAAAUAAUAGCUAAAUUAAUAGGUGGAUCAUUGUUCAUGAUGAAUAUUUUACAUUUACGUCCAUCGAAAAAAGUUCAGGAUAAUGAUUUUUUUAUUAAUAAUUUGUUGUUAAAACUAUCAAAAGUUCAAAAAACGUUGGAUGACAUUCAUGGUUCAAUAGAUGAACCACUAAAAAAUUUACGUACACUAGUAAUUAUAGAUGCGUUUGCAAAAGACAUUUACAGAAAUAUUAAUGCCUAUAUAGAUACAUUCUGUUGUUUAGCGUCAUGCGAUUUAGAUUUAUUAUGGGAAGAUUGGAAUAACGAGUAUAAAAAAAUUAAUGAAAAAAUAGAAGAACUUCAGUUCCAUGAUUUUCUAAACGUAAAACUUUACAUGACAAUGAAAUCAAUUUCCUCAGAAAAAUAUUUCAAACUUGGAUUUAAUUAUAAUUCUAAUACUCGAACAAUGUUUAUACCUACAAAACAUCAAAGCGCAGAAAUAGCUUGUUUUGGUUUAAAAUUUGAGGUUGAAUCACGAGGCACUAAAGAACUAAUAGACUUUUUUAAACCAGAUAUGUUUUAUAAAAUUAAAACUGAAGAAAUACCAGAAUUUAUUAAUCUCAUAGAAAAAGAAAUAGAAAAUCAAUCAAAAAAUAAAAAGUUGUCAGAAAUAAACUUUGUUGAUAAUCAAGAAUUGAACCUUCCUGUUUCAUCCAAAUAAAUAUGAAAGCCAAUGGAAAUUAAUGAAAAUAACAAAACAUCGAAAAUUUUUAUAAAUGACUUAUUUUAUACUUCACAAAAAAAUUAAAUAUCAAUUAGCUUAAAUAAA